AUGGCAAUGUCAUACCGGAAAGCUGUCAACGCUAAUAUCACGGAUGUACUAUCGUUACACAAUACUACCGAAGAUAAUUCUGUAGUUGUCUUUCAAGAGCCGCCCAUGAUGGAGUACUAUCAGCCGCUGUGGUUGCAAGUUAUACUCGCGAUACUCUACGCAUGUACAUCGUUACUAGCCGUUAUCGGUAAUCUUGUAGUGUGUUACAUCGUACUCGGGAACCCGCGUAUGCGUACGGUGACCAACUAUUUCAUCGUCAACCUGGCUAUCAGUGACAUUCUCAUGGCUGUAUUGUGCGUUAAUCUUACGUUUUACUACAGUAUCAAUUUUCACUGGCCGUUUGGAUUUGUUAUGUGUGCAUUGGUUCAGUACGUUCAAAUGGUAUCCGUCUCGAUCAGUAUAUUUACAUUGGUUGCUAUUAGCCUAGACCGCUACGUCGCGAUUAUACACCCCCUACGACCGAGAAUGACCCGCAAACAAGCUUUCAUUAUAAUGAUUAUAAUUUGGGUGUUAGCAGGUGGUAUCAGUCUUCCUGCAGGCAUCAACAGUAAAAUAGACACUCAUUCAAAUUCAUCGACCAUAGUAUGCAAGGAAACAUGGCCAACCAACAUACAACGAUCAAUUUAUACAAUCACUCUGAUGAUCUUACAAUAUUUUUUGCCACUGGUGAUACUUUCUAUCACGUAUUCCAUCAUUGGAUAUGCUAUUUGGGGUCGAAAACCACCAGGAGAGAGGGAGAGACACAGAGAUGCCAGACAAGCGGAAUCCAAGAAAAAGCUUGUCAAGAUGUUUGCGCUGAUAGUGUUGAUAUUUGCUUUGUGUUAUUUACCCAUCCACACUUUCAACUUACUGUUGGACUACCAGCCUGAUAUUGGACAUUUCCACUACUUAAAAGUGGUUUAUUUUGCAGUACAUUGGACGGCAAUGAGUAACUGUGUCUACAAUCCUUUCGUAUAUUGCUGGAUGAAUGCCAAGUUCAGAAACGGAUUUAAAUACGUAUUUCGUUUCUUACCGUGUGUUCGCUACUAUACACCAAAAGUGAAGAAACCUUUGAAAAGAAUUAACACUUACUCCACACAGAUGGGAAGUGUUAAUGUGACAAUACGCAAAGAGAUCUGUUUAGCUACAUAUAAUAAAGGUGGUGCUCAAUAA